UGGGUCUCGGCGCCUCCGCGCCCCGGCAGCGGCCGGACGGACGCGGGUAGAGCCGGAGCUGCUGCCGCCGCCGCCGUAGGCCCGUGCCGGGCAAGCCAUGGAGCUGCCUGACCUCCGCGACGUGGAGCAGAAACUGGGGCGCAAAGUGCCCGAGAGCCUGGCGCGGCCCCUGCGCGGGGAGGAGCUGGUGGCCCGCCCCGCCGCCGCGGCCCCCGGCCCCCGGCACCGCCGCGCCGCCGCCCUGGCCCGUCUGGAGGCGAAACUUCAGCUCCUGAGGCAGGAGAUGGUUAAUCUCCGAGCCACUGAUGUGAAACUUAUGCGCCAGCUCCUCAUCAUCAAUGAAAGUAUUGAAUCAAUCAAGUGGAUGAUUGAAGAGAAAGCCAUUGCCAGUAGAGGCAGCAGUUUGAGUGGCAGCCUGUGCAGCUUGCUGGAAAGUCAGGAGACAUCCCUCCAUGACAGCUGUAACAGUUUACAAGACUGUAGUGAUGGACUGGAUGGAAUAUCAGUGGGGAGUUAUCUGGACACCUUAGUGGAUGAUGUCCCUGGUCACCAAAGUCCUUCAGAUAUGGACAAGUUCAGUGAUUCUUCUGUUACGGAGGACCCACAGCCUCUUCAUAAGCAUCCCAAAAUUGAUUCUGAUGAGUACUACUGUUUUGGUUAAUAAGGAAAAGUUCCAGUGGGACACAAAUGCACUUGUACUUAUUCUUUUUCUUUGCUGCUAUUUUAUUUCAUGUGCAAAAGCCCCAAAGUUCUCUUGGAAGGAGAACAUAAUAUGAUACUUCAAUGCUACUGCAUAACUUUUCUGUUGCUUCUAAUGCAUUUUCUCCUUGGUAGGUUGGGCUUUUCUUCUCCUCGCAUUUUCUUUUUCAUAAUUUAUUGUCACAAUUUUUCUUUCUAUUUUUUUUGUUUCCAUUUUUUACAAUGCUGUAUUUACAAGUCUUUAAAAGUGGUGAAGAAAAAGCUUUAUCUUUAAAAUGAGACAUCAGGGAAUGAGAGCAACAAUUUUGUAUUUGUUAGCAAUAAAAUAUCUUCUAAAAAAUAUAUGUUGCCAUAAAUUUUAUUGACUAUCAGGUUUGGUCUUUCCAAAGACACUGUUUUUAUUGAGCCUUAAAUCUGAAUCUUGAAAAUACCUCUAAAAAUAUUUUUUCUUUUAUAAGCAAUGAAAUUUGGUUCUGUUAGGCUGUCUUCACUUGAAAUAUAAAGUAUC